UCUAAUUUUAUUUUGCCUUACCCGCAGUUGUAUAUCAUUCGCCUUGAGGGUCAGGUGAAACGAUAUAAAGCCAUUGCAGACACAUGUGAGAAACAGGAGGACGAAUUAAAGAAGGCAGAACGGAAGUCCCAACGUGAGCUUCGUAAAGCACUCAAUGAUCUGGAGGAUCUGAGAUCUGAGAAUACUAGCCUACAGAGAAAACUGGACAAGCUGACUCGCAGCUCAUUGGCACCUGGCAGCUCCGGUUCUUCUACCGGUGGCGGAUCAUCUAUUUUGCGUUCUCUUAGGGAAAAUUCGCAGGCGAGAUAA